CCUGUAGCCCUUCCCUGAUUGGCUGGAGGGGAGGAAUCAGCUGACCGAGCUUUGCAGGGCGGAGGGAAGGAACCCAGUGCAGGAGACCAUGAGGUUCCGGUUCUGUGGCGACUUGGACUGCCCCGAUUGGGUCUUGGCAGAGAUCAGCACUUUGGCUAAAAUAUCUUCCGUGAAACUCAAGCUGAUCUGCGCCCAGGUGCUGAAGGAUCUUCUCGGAGAGGGAAUUGACUAUGAGAAGAUUCUGAAACUGACAUCGGAUGCCAAGCUUGAGUCCGGGGAUGUCAAAGCCACCAUCGCGGUCCUCAACUUCAUCCUCUCCAGCGCUGCCAAGCACAACGUCGACAGCGAAUCUUUAUCCAGUGAGCUGCAGCAGUUGGGGCUGCCGAAAGAACAUGCCACGGGACUGUGCCGAUCCUAUGAGGAGAAGCAGAGCCCCUUACAGGACAGCCUUAGAGGAUGCAGCCUGAGAUUAAACCGCUUGGAUUCCGUGUCCUGGCGCGUGGAUUAUACUCUCAGUUCCAGCGAGCUCCAGGAAGUGAAUGAACCGGUCAUUCACCUCAAGUUAAAUGUGAAGGACGUUGACCGAGGAGGGGUGGAACCGGUGGCGAUGACGUUAUCGGCUGAGAAGUUCCGCGCCCUGCUUGCAGAGCUGAAGCAAGCCCAGGCCAUUAUGAAAACACUUGACUGAGGGAGGGUCUGACAGAUCGACAGCAUCGGACGUGGAAUCUGCGGAUCUUUCAGCCGCUUGGGAAGCAUUCCUUGGACAAUUACUCUAUGGGGGAAUCCCCAUGCGUGUUACGGUGCUUGCCCGUUAUCGGCACAGAGGCCGUUGCAACGAUUCAUUCUUCCAUGCAGAUGUAUUGGCCUGAAAAGGGAGGCAGGUCCUGCCGUUGUUUGGUAGCAGUGGCUCUUUUGACCCCCUAUUUCUGUUUAAAAAAUACUUUUCUUUCUGCCGAUGCACAGCCCUGUUCUCCAGCUCCCACAUACCCGAGAACGCCCAAGUUUCUCCCACCCCUUCUCCUAGAUUUUUCACAAUUAUCACGAGAUUUUUCACAAGUCGUCAAGUCCAGAAUGACCUCCCCUCUGUGGCUAGCGAGCAGGCCCUGCUGGAAGGAAGCGACUUGCGACCGGCACUCUUCCCGGAAGGAACCGACGACGAGGAUUCCCCAGCUAGGACAAACAAGCUAAAGCCCAUGCAAAGCAGGGAUCGUUCUUAAAACAGGGGCUGCCUCACCGCGCCUGCUGAAGCUGUUUGAAAAUCGCUUGGGGGGGACUCAAAAACACUCCGCCUGCAGGCUGUUUGCUGCAGUUUGAAACGUCCCCUGUUCAGUUCACGUGUACAGAAGACUCAAGGAGUUUCUCAGCUCUUGUGCCUUCGUAGCAGGAGGGCUGUGAGUGGGAUUCCACCCUGCCCUUGCCUUUCUGUGUCCGAGGAGACCACGUUGCUCCUCCAGUGGACUUCUAGGGGCUUUCGUUUCUUGGAUCCAUCUUCCCGCUAAUCAGAGAUGUCUCUCUUCCUAGCUACCAUGGGAACAUCUUUAUUGGCAGGUGCCAAAGGGGAAAAGCCUGCCUCCUUUCCAAAUAGGUUUUUUUUGGUGGGGGGGGGGGGUCGACUAGCAGUCCUCUCUGCAGUAGAUCUUGAAAGCUACGCAUCUCUCAAGCGCUCGCCGCUCCCGGUUGAAACAUGAAGUGGUUCCUUUGUUUAAAAAAAGCUGUGUACUUUGAGUCAGAGGGGAGAAAAUAAAUCUUGCUGUGCUGAGAAA